AUGAACGCAUCAGUGCUCUUUAUUUUCGCUGCACUGUUUUGUGUAGCCUUGGGACAGUUUGGGCCAGAAUUUGGCGGCCCUAUGGGAGACAUGGGCAUGGGCGGAAUGGGCCCGGCUAUGGGCGGAAUGGGCGGAAUGGGCCCGAUGGGAGGAUUUGAUGGUGGUUUCGGUGGCAUGGGUGGUGGGUUCGGAAUGCCCCCACCAAUUCGAAGAAGAAGAUAUGUUGAAGGACUCGGUCAUGAUGUGCUGACACGCUUCCUACGCUGA